UGCCAGCGGGGCGCUGGUCUGGCGGCUCCAGGGCACCGACGGUGCAACCCCAGCCCAGGGCGGCCUCGCCUCAAUUCCUGCGCCCGGAGCCUGGGCGCCACGGUCACGGAGCAUGGCAUCAGCCUUUGAGCGGGUGGUCAAGAGCGUGGUCCGGGAACUGGACCACAGCGGAGAGCUCAUCCCCGUGGACAGCCUGCGGAGUUCCACCAGCUUCCAGCCCUAUUGUCUUCUGAGCAGAAGGCGGUCGAGCUCAUGGUUCUGGAGACCCCGGUACACACGUGUCAACCUGUCCAUCAGAGACAUCCUGGAGCCCGACGCCCCGGAGCCAGCUGUCGAGUGUGUCGGUCCCUUCCACUUCCAAGACGCCGUGGACGGGCAGCUGGAGGGCAGCGUGGAGCUGGUGGGCCCAGGACAGGGCAGGGUCUCAGGCGGGGCUUCGGUGUCUGGCAGCUCCAGCGCCUCCAUGAAUGUGUGCACGCUGCGAGUGGACCCCAACACCUGGACAGCCCUGCUCCAAGAGAGGCGCCUUCGGCAGCCCCAACCCAAGAUCUUGCAGCAGCUGCGGAGUCGUGGGGAUGAUGUGUUCGUGGUGACUGAGGUGCUGCAGACACAGAAGGAGGUGGAAGUCACCCGGACCCACAAGCAGCAGGGCUCGGGCCAGUUUGUGCUGCCCGGAGCUAUGUGCUUGCAGGGCAAGGGUCAGGGCCACCUAAGCCAAAAGAAGACGGUCACCAUCCCCUCGGGGAGCAUCCUCGCGUUCCAGGUGGCCCAGCUGGUUAUUAACUCUGACUGGGAUGUCCUCUUCAUCCCAAACAAGAAGCAGAGGACCUUUGAGCCGCCCCAGACAGGCCACAAGCCCCCCAGCGAUGUAGGCGACCAGCCACAUCAGAAGUCUCCCAGCGACUCCAUGAUAAAUUCCAUAGUGGAAUGCCUCAAGUUACUGUCAGAUGGGCUCGAGGAAGACAAGCUGGAAUACACAGAAGACUUCCAGGGCCUGCAGGCAGAGGUGAAGGCCUGGGCCAGGGUCCUGGAGAACUUGUCCAAGCCACUGUGUGAGCAGCUGCUGAGGGGCCUGGAGCAGGUGCUCUGGGACGAGCAGGCCCUGCAAACCCUGGAGGAGUCGCUGGAGCAGGGCCGGUGUUGUGGGCGGGCAGAGCCUCUACCUGGUGCAGCUGGUGAUGUCCUAGAGUGCCUGGUGCUCCCCUGCAGAACCCUAGCAGAGGAACUCACAGGCCCCAUCAUCUACCUUCUGGGAGCACUGAGUGCACUGAGUGAAACCCAGCACGUGCUGCUGGCCAAGGCACUGAAGGCCUUGGCCCUGUCAGAGCCCUUCAAGCUGGUGGAGAGCCUUUUGGAGCAGAGCACCCCAUGGCAGGAGUGCAGAGCCCUGUCCCUGCCACCUGGACUCCUGGGGAGCAGCUGGGGUCCAGAAGUGCCCACCUGGAUCCUGCUGGAGGCAUGCGGCCUAGAGCUGCAGGUGGACACCCGCCAGGUGUGCUGGCAGCCGAAGGCCCAGGGCCGCACAUGUGCGCUCUACGCCUGCCUGGCCCUGCUGUUAAAGCUGAGCCAGCUCUGCCAGCCCGCCAGCCCGCACGCCUAGGCAGCUCUUCAGGCAGGGAUUGCUCCUGGCCUGCCCAGCUGCCAGCCAGCCCUAGGAAGAUGAGAGCCCAAUCCACCCAGUGGCCAGUUCACCACGGGCUUCGGAGUUGGGGAAAGUCAAUAAAUGUGGUAUUCAA